AUGACCUCAAGCGGCCACUCGUUCCCCAACGCGUCUGUCGCGCGCGCGCCGACGCCUUUUGCUGCGCCUGUGGACAGCGCGUGCGCUCUCUCGAGCGGUCUCAUGAACGACCUCAGUGCUCAGAUUCAGUCGAGCGACAGUCAGACGAUCGUCAGAGCGAUGCGCCGAGUGAAUUUGGUACUGGGCGCACUGACUGUGGCGGUUGGGGUUCUGGCGUGGGGCUGUGGCCAAGUGGAUACAUUCCAGAAGGCCAUUGCGGGGAUUUACAUCAUUCUGUUUGGUGCGCUGUUGCUGGCGUUUGAGCUGCGCAGCGAGAAGACGGACGUGGUGCUGCGCACGAACUUUGGCUUUAUGUAUGGCAACAAAACGCGCACGUUGUUCCUCGUCUUUAUUGCGAUUUGGCCGCUGUCGAUGGGCAACUUUUGGCUCACGAUUCUGGACGCCAUGUUGUUGUUCCUCAAUGCGUUCUUCAACUUCUUUGUCAUAUCCAAGCACCCGGCGUUCUCGGCGGUGCCGCCAGCGCACGACUUUGACCGUCCUCGGGAGUUUGCUGCUACUGGCUACACACCUUCGGGCGCACCGGCGAUCGUGUGA